AUGAAGUUGGAUAAGAAAAGGAUCAGGCCUUUCACCUUGCCUUUGGUAAACUUUACAGGGGAUAGAAUCGUCCUUAAAGGCAUCAUCAUUCUAACUAUGAUUGCAGGAACUUACUCAGCACAAGUCACCAAGGAAAUUGAUUUCCUUAUAGUUAAUUGCCCCUCAACAUACAACAUCAUCUUGGGAAGACCUGCACUCAACAGACUAAAAGCAGUGACAUCAAUAUAUCACUUGAAGGUGAAGUUUCCAACAGCCUAUGGAAUAGGAGAGAUCAAAGGAGAUCAAGUUCUGGCAAGAGAAUACUAUCAAGUUGCCCUAACAUCGGGAGAGAACCACACAUGGGUAAUGAAUGAACCAGAACCCAUUCCUGAAUCGUCAAAAAUACCACAAGAAAUUGAGAUCGUCCUAGGAGAUUCAACAAAGGUAUUGAAGAUCAAAACAACACUCCUAGCCUCAAAGAAAGAGAAAAUGAUCUCUUUCCUAAGGGCAAACCAAGAUGUUUUCACUUGGAAACAUGAGGAUAUGCCCGAGAUUGAUAGGAAGAUCAUACAGUAUCGUCUCAACGUCAACCCAGAGUGCAAACCUAUACAACAAAAACGGAGAAUAUUUUCAUUAGAACACAACAAAGCUGUGACUGAGGAAGUAGAGAAGCUACUAGAGGCUGAUUUCAUCAGGGAGGUAUUCUAUUCAGAUUGGCUAGCAAACGUGGUUAUGGUAAAAAAGAGCGACGGCAAGUGCAGAAUGUGCAUUGAUUUCACAGACCUGAAUAAGGCCUGCCCAAAAGACAGCUUCCCUUUGCCAAGGAUUGACCAAUUGGUAGACUCAACUGCUGGACACAAGCUAUUGAGUUUCAUGGAUUUAUUCUCUGGAUACAACCAAAUUCUUAUGGACGAAGACGAUCAAGAGAAGACCUCAUUUGUCACUAGCCAGGGAUUAUACUACUAUAAGGUUAUGCCCUUUGGACUGAAGAACGCAGGAGUCACCUACCAAAGAUUUGUGAACCGUAUGUUCUUUCACUAG